GACGACUCCCUUUUACGGGACCGCAUCUCCUGCAAACGCGCGCUAGAAUCCUACAAUGACGCCUGCACAGCCCGCUCGAUGGCCAGUCCCGCUGAACAAAGUCGACUAUUCGGCACGAUCCUCCAUCCGAGCGCGAGGUCAGGAUCAGGAGAAAUUGGCAGUGACGGAUGGAACGGAGGUGCGGCAGGAGGAGUCGGACGAAUGAAUGGACCACAAGGCAGCAGUGGCCGUCGCAGCGUCGUCCUCGCGCCUUUCCGCUGCGAACUCGGCUACAACAUCCAUCUCGGCGACAACGUGGUUGUGGACAACGGGUGUUACUUCCAAGAUGCCGCGGAAAUAUACCUCGGGAAUGGAGUGAUUGUGGGAGCGGACUGUAAAUUUUACACAUUGGAGGACUUGUCGGCAUCCAGUAGACAGGAAGGACCGCAAGGGUUGUUUCGAGCUGGCGCGAUUCGGUUGGAAGACCACUGCGUUGUGGGAGGAAACGUGACUAUCCUCCCGUUCCGGACGAUCGGCAAGGGAGCGAGGGUCGUGGCGGGAUCGGUCGUUACGAGGGAUGUCAGGCCGGGAACCGUUGUGGCUGGGAAUCCCGCGCAAGAGGUGAGGAGUGAGGAGAAGAAGGGUGUGGAAGAGGAGAAUGCGAGGAUGUUGGAGGGGAUGCAGAGUGGAUUUCGAGGAAGAGGGGGUGGGUAUGGUGAGGUUUGA